GCCUCGCCUCUCUUUCUAUCUUGUUCUCAUUCACUUCGUCUUUUAAUUUCUCAAAAAAUCUCCCUCUCCCGCCUCUUCUCGUCAAUCCUCAUGGUCUCAUCUUCUCCAAGAAUUCUUCUCUGCGGCGAUGUCCUCGGUCGCCUCAACCAGCUCUUCAAGCGAGUCCAAUCGGUGAAUAAGUCCACCGGUCCCUUCGACGCUCUCCUCUGCGUCGGCCAGUUUUUCCCUGACACCGCCGAUAAUCUGGAGGAGGUCGCUAAUUACCUUGAUGGUUUGUCUCCCAUCCCCAUCUCCACCUACUUCAUUGGAGACUAUGGUGCUGGAGCCACUCGCUUCCUCUCUGCUGCCGCCAAGAUCCCCUCCAACAAGGGCUUCAAGAUGGAUGGCCUUGAGGUCUGCCCUAAUCUCUAUUGGCUCAAGGGUAGCGGCAAGUUCUCCUUCCAUGGUUUAUCGAUUUUUUAUUUGUCCGGUAGGCAAAUUCCCGAUGCCGAAGGUAAUGGGCGGUACAGUAGAGACGAUGUCGAUGCAUUGAGAGCCUUAGCGGAGGAGCCAGGAGUUGUGGAUAUUUUCAUGACUAAUGAAUGGCCAUCUGGGGUCUGGAAUAGAACUGAUUUAUCUGAGGCAGCCCUAGGAGUAUCAGAUCCUUCGGGCAGUGAUCCUGUUGUUGCGGAACUGGCUGUGGAGAUAAAGCCUCGGUAUCAUAUUGCUGGAACUAAAGAUGUAUUUUAUGCACGUGAACCUUAUUCCAAUGAUGAUGCUGUACAUGUUACUCGUUUUCUUGGUCUAGCUACUGUAGGGAACAAAGAAAAACAGAAAUUUAUUCAUGCAAUUUCUCCUACUCCAGCAUCUGCUAUUCCAGCUUCAGAAAUCCAUUUAAAACCACCAAAUACAACAGUGUCUCCGUAUGAUAUAGAAGGCACUUCAAAUCAUUUAAGAGAACAAGCUAAGAGGCCGGCUAAUAGUGAUUCUGCCAAUCAAUACUGGCGGUUUGAUGUCUCAAAAAAGAGGCCAAGGCAUGAUGGACUCAGUGGGGAAAGAUUGUGCUUCAAAUAUACAUCCUCUGGUGCUUGUGCCCAAGGAAAAAAGUGUAGUUAUCGACACGAUGAAGAUGCCAGGGAGCAAUAUCUUAAAAAUGUUUGUUUUGAUUUUCUCAACAAAGGAAGAUGUGAACGUGGUCCAGAUUGUAGAUUCAGACAUAGUUUGGUAGAGGAAGGAGAUAUUCUUUCCCAAGGAGGGCAGGGAUCUCAAAAUGGAAAGUCUUAUAGGACAAUCCCAGAGAAGAAGUGUUGGUUUUGCUUGUCAAGCCCUGAUGCUGAAGUACAUCUUGUGCUAAGCAUUGGGGAAAGUUACUACUGUGCACUUGCUAAAGGCCCACUUGUUGAAGAUCAUGCGCUGUUAAUACCGAUUGAGCACCACCCUAAUACUUUAACAACAACAUCGGAGUCAGAGGUAGAACUCGGAAAAUAUAAAGAUGCCCUCAAAGUUUAUUUCAAGAAUCAGGAAAAAGCAGUUGUGUUUUUUGAGUGGAUUUUCCGAAGUAGCCCUCAUGCGAAUAUUCAGGUUGUACCAAUUCCAUUGGCUAAAGCAUCUAAUAUACAGCGGAUAUUUAAUUUUGCUGCGAAGAAAUUAGGAUUUGAAUUUUCUGUGGUGGCUUCAAGUGGUGACCACAGUGAAGCUAGAAUUUCUCUGAGGUCUAAGUUUGAUGGGAAAUCAAACUUGUUUUACGUGGAACUCCCAGAUGGUAAUAUUCUUUCAUAUUCUGUUGCUGAUAAAGAGAAGCUCCCUGUUCAAUUUGGACGUGAGGUAUUAGCAGGCCUCUUAAACAUGGCAGAUAGAGCAGAUUGGAGGAAUUGCAAGCUAAGUAAAGAAGAUGAGUUACAGAUGGUGGAAAAAUUCAAGAAAGGAUUUGAAGAAUUAGAUCCUGCUGCUUGAUUUUUAAUUGUUGCAUUUGAUUAUUGGACGAAGAAUUAGAUCCUGCUGCAUGAUUUUUUGUGGUUGCAUUUGAUUAUUGGAGGAUCUGAGGCUUCCUUUAGGGCUUUCUAAUCC